AUGUCUGUCGUCGCUGUAGCUGGCGGUACCGGCAAUGUUGGCCGAACCAUCGUUGAGACUCUUGCACAGUCAUCCAAGCGCAAAGUCAUCGUCCUAGCUCGCAGGGCUCAGACGGUCUUGGACGAUGUGCCGACUUUCGCCGUUGACUAUACCGAUGUUGAUGCAACCGCCAAACUCUUGAAGCAGCACAACGUGGAAGCAGUCAUUUCCGCCAUCCAAGUGACUGACGAGACUUCCUCUGCUGCCGAGAUUAGCCUCAUCAAAGCCGCAGAGCAGUCAUCGACUGUCUCUCGAUUCAUUGCCAGCGGCUGGGGAGCACUCCCAAGCGAGGCGUCUCCCACUGCAGCUUUCUCGAGAGCUUCGAACAAUGCACUACGCAGCACCAUGCUUGAAUGGACGAGAUUCUCAGUUGGCCUUUUCUUGGAUUACUAUGGAAUGCCCGCCAUCAAAACGCACUUGCCACCAAUGUCGUUUGCUGUCGACAUGAACAGCAAAAAGGCGGCUCUUCCAGGAACAGGAAAUGAGCCGUUUGCCUUCAUUUACUCUUACGAUAUGGCCAAAUUUGUUUCCGCGUUCUUAGAUGUGCCCAAGUGGGAGGAGAUUACGUAUAUCUACGGAGAAAAGACAACCUGGAAUGAGUUUAUUAAGGUGGCCUCGGAGGUAACAGGUUCUGAAUUCGAAGUAUCGUAUGAUCACAUUGAAAAACUGGCAAAGUUUGAAGUCACUGAACUUCCUUCGCACAAAGAAGAGUUGGCCAAGUCUCCUUUCCCAGAGCCUUUUGCUCGCCAAUUGUUGGCAGUUCUCGGCCUCUGGGUCGUUGGAGGGCAGUUUGAUAUACCUGUUGACAAGGCACUCAACAAGAGUUUCCCGUCAAUCAAGCCCAUGGGGGUUCGAGAGACGCUCCUUGCUAGACAGAGUUCCUAA